GGAGGAGGAGGAGGAGGAGGAGCCCCAGCCCCAGCAGCAGCCGCCCUGGCAGCAGCAACAUGGCAAAGAAAUCUCUGUACCUGCUGAUUUCUUGUGCCCUUCUUUCCUACUUUGUGUACACUCCUCUCCCAGAUAAUAUCGAACAACCAUGGAAACUGAUGAUGACCUGGGCCUUCCUUAGGUUUCAGAUGCACCUGUCAGGGAUUUUGGAGAUACUGGGACUUCCACCAGUUUGGUACUUCUUCCAAGUACCACCUACAUCAGAUGCAAAUGUCACAGUGACUGAUACUCUGUUCAAUAAAGUUCCAGUCCGAGUCUUUGAGCCAAAGCAAAAAUCGUCUACGAUGAGAAGAGCCAUGUUUUAUAUUCAUGGUGGUGGCUGGACCACAGGAGAUGCUAGUUGGAUGCCCUAUGAUAAUUUAGCAAGACGGGUGGUCAACAAACUUGAUGCUGUGGUCGUAUCAACUAACUACAGAUUAUCCCCCCAGUAUCACUUUCCAACUCAAUUUGAAGAUGUAUAUGAUGCCUUAAGGUGGUUCUUGAGGAAGAAAGUCCUUGAAGAGUAUGGUGUGGACCCUGCUCGUAUCUGUAUUGCUGGAGACAGUGCUGGUGGGAAUUUAGCUGCAGCCGCCACUCAGAAGCUCCUAGAUGACCCAGAAGUCAAGAUCAAAGUCAAGAUUCAGUCUUUAAUUUAUCCUGCUCUUCAGGCUCUUGAUAUGGAUUUACCAUCAUAUCGAGAAAAUGCCCAUAUGCCCAUCCUGAAAAAAUAUGACAUGGUUAUGAUGUGGAGCCUGUAUUUCACCUCGGACAAGGCGCUAAGGGAAGCCAUGCUCGCUAACCAACAUACAUCUGUGGAAUCAAGCCACCUCUUCAAGUUUGUCAACUGGCGUGCCCUGCUUCCUGAGAGGUUUCAAAAAGGACAUCUCUAUACCAGUCCAAUUCAUGGACACUCUGACCUUGCAAAAAAGUACCCUGGAUUUCUAGAUGUCAGGGCAUCCCCCCUCUUAGCUGAUGAUUCUAAGUUACAGGGUUUACCCUUGACCCAUAUCCUCACCUGUCAGUAUGAUGUCUUAAGAGAUGAUGGGCUCAUGUAUGUCUCCCGCCUUAGGGCUGCAGGGGUCCAGGUAGUCCAUGAACAUGUGGAAGAUGGGUUCCAUGGAAUCCUGGCAUUCAGUAUGAAUUUUAAAGCAGGCCAAAGGGAACUCAACAAGUAUCUGAAGUGGCUAGAGGAGAAUCUCUAGUGAUAAUUCAGCUGUUCCAUUCCACCAAGAGCCAGUUCCUUGUGUGUGCAAGUCACGGUAUCGGCUGUUGGCGGGGGGGGGCUGGGCGGGGGUGGGAGUAGGGGUUAGUAACUGGACUAAGACAUGGUUCUGACUGCCUGGACAGAAAAUCUCUGCACAAAUAGCUGCAAUAGAAACUGAAGUGAAGGGGAGAAAACAUGCAUUGACAUAUUACCAAGUCAGAUGUCCUAAGUGCUUGGGAGAAGUUAAACCAGGUGAGAUGGGGGUCCAGAGAAUGAUCAGUGAAGCUCCUGUCUCUGCCCUGAGCACCCAGCCUAUGCUCCCAACUGCCUACUGCACAUGGCAACCUGGAUGCCCAAAGAAGAAAAUAUAAACAGAUCCUGCCAACCUUAAA